CUCGCUCUCUCCAAGUCUCCAAUCAUGGUGGCGGUGGCGGCGAUGGGGCGGGCGGCGGCGGCGGACGAGGAAGAGGACGUGGAGUUCGUCGAGUACGACCAGGACGACGAGGACGCCAUGGAGGAGGACGGCCCCGCCGCCCGCGCGCUCCCCGUGCCCCACAUCGUCUCCCCCGCCGUGUUGCGCACCCGCGGGCGCUUCGCCGGCCGCAGCCCAUCCAUCCUCGCCUCCAGCCGCGACCGCUUCGACUCCCUCACCAACGACGGCGACCAGGGACAUGGCCCGCAGCGCUCUAUCGAAGGAUGGACAAUUCUUGUCAGUGGAGUUAAAGAAGAUGUAGAAGAAGGAGAUCUGCAUGACGUUUUCAGUGAAUUUGGUCGUGUCAAGGACUUGCAUUUGAAUCUAGAACGCCGCACUGGAUAUGCCAAGGGAUAUGCGCUGAUUGAGUAUGAAAGCUUUGAGGAAGCGCAGGCUGCGAUCAGAGCAAUGAAUGGGAAUCAGCUGUUGACAAAGACUGUCUAUGUUGAUUGGGCAUUCAGCAGAGGUCCUAUAAAGAAUAUCACGAGUACAAGGCCACCACGCCCAAGGUCUAGGACUCCACCGCGCAGGCUUGCUGCCUUGACGCCUUAUUGAGGGGGAGCGAUGGCUAGGUUAUUUGUCAGUUCUAACUGAUCAUGUUUGGGCGAUGAGCAGCAGCUAAACAAUGUGGAAGCAUCGUUGGAACUUGAAUCUCGAUUCUGUUAGACUUCUUGUAUCUGCGCUUAGCUUGUUCAUCAGCUUUAACUCUGAACUUGGGGAGGCUGCUGUAGUCCGCUGGCUUAACUAUGCGUCCAUGCCAGAGGUAGUCUUCUGUGUAAAAUCAGUGUCAUGGCGGGAAGGAAGUUUAUUGGGUGACUUGAUGACCUGCCGUAUUAUAUACUCCCUAAAAGAAACUGAGUCCGAUCAGGAGUGCUGGUUGCCUGGUUCUAAACAGCUGAGCGGCUGAGCCAUUUGUUCUG